GGUUGCACUACAGCCUCCUAUAUAAACUGCCCCGGGAGUUUCCGAAAUUCAUACUCGGUGACUUCAACUGAACAAUGGUUAACAUGAACUAUCGGCAAUCUCAACAAAAAUAUAUACACAACCCGAGUCCACGACAGUCGAGAAAACGGCAUAAUAAAAGGAAAAGGAAUUACUGGGACACAAUAUCACCGACAUCUCACAAUCACACUUGAUUAAGAAGAAACGCUUUUAAGGUCUGGUGUGCUGGGUGUAGGAGUGUGUUGAGUCGUCGUGUCUGUGCGUAGCAGCUGAUUGGUUGAGAUGACUGCGGAGUGGAUGUACCCCCCCGGCGUGGCGCCGCUGUGUGGUGCAGAGUUGGAGGCGUGGUAUGAAGACUUGCAAGAUAUAUUGGGAUCCGAUGCAGGUGGGGCCAAGCACACACGCCCCCCGCCCUGCGCCGAGAAAGAGCCGGAGUUCCUGGAUGUCUUGGAGAGCUGCUCACUCACCUGGCUGACGGAGGGGCAGGUGUGGGGGGAGGGGGUGCAGCGUGUGAUGGAGGAGCCUUCACCAUCUCCGCUGCUCCUCAGCCAGCCACCGGCACAGGAGGAGCAGCGUGGUGCACGAGAGACGGCAAGCUCUGGUGCAGGAGACCUUCUGCCCCCCGAGUUCUUCGAGCUGCUGAGUGAAGGAGGAGUUGGCCUGGUGGAAACUGGGGCGGCUAUGGUCACCAAUGGCUACCACCACCACCACCCCCCGAACCCUCCGCCUGCCUCCCCAUCAGCCAGCGAGGAAGAGCUGCCCACAGUCCCAAACUCGUCCCCGUCCUGCUCCUCAUCCUCCUCAUCCUCGCUGUCGCCUUCCCUUAACUGCUCACCUUCCUCCUCCCCUCCUCUCUCUCCUCCACCAGCCCCUACCUCUUCACGUCUGGGCAAGAGGAAGAAAGGGAGUGCACUUUCGUCACCUUUCUCAGGGAAGAAGAGCAGAAAGGAGCGGGAACAGGAGAAUGAGAGGAAGGUGCAGGAGCUGACCGACCAGAACGAGAGGCUUAAAGCCGAGAUUGAGCGACUUGGCGAGGAAGUUCAGCGGACACGCCGCGCUCUCAUCGAGAGGCUCGUCAAUACCAGGAAGUGAGGGGUUACGGGAAGUGUGGUAGACAGAGAAAGGUGUGAAAGAAAGAAGAAACCAGUAGAAGAAUCAAAUGGUAACCAUGAAAUGCACAUAUGGAGACAAAAAAGAGAGGACAAGGCAUGUGGAAUCUGGGGAAGGGAGAAUGUGAUUUUUUUAUUUUUUUUUAUUUUGUUUUAAAGGGUCUUCCCCAAAAAUGAAGGCUAGAGACAGAAAGUGUGAUGAAAUCUGACUUGACUAUAGAAAUAGAAAGACCCCAGGUUUAUAGUUAUUACCGUAAUAAUCUGCAUCAGUAAUCAGGCACCUUAUUGAUCAUUUAAACAACUGUUUCGUACACAAGAAGCAGAUUAUAGGUGUAUUGUAUUUUUCCUAAAUGCAGUAUCCAUCACAUGUUGCUUUUUGUACUAGACUGUAGAAAUAGGAUGUAGAACUCUUGCCGUGGUAACUGACUCUGGGGGUAGGUGUAACUGGCAAAUACUUUACCAACUAUAGAAAUUAAAGCACUUAUUUGUCCAUUUACUCUUAAAAAGGAUUUGUGAGACAUGUAUAAUGGUUUUAUGCAAGGAUUCUCUGUGCAUUUCAUUGUAACCCAAUUAAUAGAGGUAGAUCAAUAUUGUCUUCUUAUGACAAAUUAAAAGGGCUUAAACAAAUGUUAUGGUAGAAUUAGCUCAGGACUUUUUUUUUUUUUUUUCCCCCCGAAAGAGAGACUGCAUUUGUAAUUUUUUUUUUUUUUUCUGAAGCUCAGCUCAAGCCAUGGCCUUUAAGCGUGGAUGGAUGGGGUAGGGGAAAUGUGGUGGGUCUAGUAGUCAUUAUUUAUCACUUUCGUAAUUUAGCCAUUUAGAUUAUGCAGUUCAAGCUGACCCAUGCUUAUUUUUCUAUUGUAUCUUCCUAUCUGAUCACUCAUUUUAUAUAUCAUUAUUUACACGGUAGUAUUGUGCAAUAAGUAAAAGAUGCAUGCUGUAUUGUAUUUGUAUAGUCAAAGGUGAUAGAAUUUCCCUUUUUUGGUCUUUACUGUAUUGUAUACAUUUACUAAUAAAAAUUUGAAUAACAAGUUAA